CAUCCUCUGACUGAUCUUUGGUUGAGGGUUUAAUAGAAACUGAAAGAAUCUGUAAUAAUUUGUUUUGUCUGUGUUUCUUGAUUAAACAAAAAUUGCAUGAAAAAGAGAUUACAUCAAAUCCAAAGUUUGCUUCUACAAAGAAUUAAAAAAAACAACAGGUUACUACUAAUGUGUCUUUGGUGGGAGGUUUUUUUUUUUGUUAACUAGGAGGAGUUGGGCCCUGGCCUUAAUCUCCCCUAUGCCCGGGACCAGCCUUUGCUAAUACCUUAUGACAUGGCGUAAAACAUCUCUUCCACCGGGAAUCGAACUAGGGAGCACAUGGAUCCAACUCUUGCACUUAAACCACUAGCCCACUGCACCAUUGGUAAAAAGUUACAGUCUUUUGGUUGUAUUUCUUCAAAUCACUCUUGCGUGCAUGGAUAUACUCACGAAGUCAGUGCCUGAUGGUGGGAUGAGCAUGUAUGUUCUCACAGUGUAUAGGCACGAUCAGAGCCGGCGCUAGGAAUAUUAAGGCUAUAGGCAGUAAAUUUUAGGAAUUUUAUGGCCGGUUAUUUACUUAAUAUAUUUACGGCCCCAAGCUUGUGCUUGCCUUGCUUGGCCUCAUGGCCGGCACUGGGCACGGUAUAGCAACCGUAGCUAUGGCUCCCUUCGCAUUAUAUUUUGACAGGAGGGCGAGACCGAAGAUGACGCUGAUGACAUUCUUCAAGAUAUCGCUGCUUGGUUUACUAGAACCAGUGAUCGAUCAGAACUUAUUUUGUCUGGGGAUGAUAUACACAACAGCAACAUUUGCAACCGCCUUGUACAACACCCUACCAGCAGUGACUUUCAUCCUCGCCUUGUUAUUAGAUCAGGCUCGAAAAACUCAAGUUUCGGAGUAUCAGGAGUGCGAGCAAGGUGGUUGGGACUGUGAUUUCAGUUGGAGGAACAAUGACGAUGACACUGGUAAAAGGUCCAGUUCUCCACCUCUUUUGGACCAAAAGACAUUCUGCACAGAAUACAACCGGGACAGAUGCUCACAGCUCCAUCAAAGGGGAGGGGCAGUUUUUGUUUCAAUUGGCUGUCUUAGCUACGCAUGCUUUAUGAUUCUCCAAGUAAGGCGAUUUUUAAUGUAGUUAAAAAGACACUUUUAGAAUCAAAUGUUUUUUCAGACGAUGACCUUGGAGAUACCCGGCCUCGCUCUCUCUUACAACAUGGAUAUAGAGGGGAACAGUUUUGGCAUUGGAGAGAGGGUGUCAUGCCGCGUGGGCUAUUGGUUGGGACAUGAAACUCGUUACGGUCAUCUACAGCGUAAGAUUCAUCUACAGGGAAUCAUGCCGCUUUCAAACCACUCUGUAUGAUCAUAGUAGCCAUAAUGUCAAGCAUAACUUUUGUGGAGCAAACAAUGCCAUGUCUCAUGUGUAUUGAAAAGAGCAUUUGCCCAAAGCCACAAAAUAGUACAAAAUUGUAAUGCCACAUAUUUUUUAGUUAGGUUAUGAAUUUAGUUUGAAAAUGUGUUUACACUUUCUAUUU